CCCCUUAACUCUGAGGAAUGUCAGACGAUAUGGUAGUGAGUUGGCGCUACUUCGUGGGGGAAUGUAUUCUUUCCGGACUUGGCAUUGCCGAAAAGGGGGAAAACUCGUAGCCAGCAGGCCACUAUCUCUCACCGACUGACAGAGAUCGACGACCUGUGAAUUUUUCCCGCGCAGACAGAGAACAUCCCUUGCCAACCCGACGAGUUUGUAACCUCGCCCCUCAUUGGCCCUCUCGCUGCAGGUCACGUGAACGAUAGCUCACCAUGGACAUUGACGAGUUGACGCGCCGACGAGAGGAACGGCGCAAGCGCAGAGAAGAAGAAAGACUUGCGGCUCAGGCGUCGAUGGCGGAAGAGGAAGACGCUCUGGAGGCGGCGCGCAGGGAGAGACGGGAGCGCCGCCGCAGGGAGCGGGAGCUCGAGGAGAAGGGAGGCUCACGGGAACUGGAGGUCGCUCCGAGAAGUACCAGGAGAUCUCGCGAUAUUUUGAGCUCCAAGGAUUCGAGCGUGGAUACAGAGUCGUCGCCGCGAAAGUCACGUGAUUCACCCGGACCGGGAGAAAACGGGGAAACCGAUUACCUUUCGCGCAGGCGCAGAUCGCGUGAUUUGCUAGAGGAUAGUUCCACGCGAGAGAUCACGAGGCGGUCACGUGAUCGUGACACAGACGAUUACACUUCCUCACGCCGCAGAAGGUCAAUCGACGAGGAGGCAACCACCAGCCGCCGCAGAUCACGUGACCUCGGGUCGAAAGAUACGGAAGAACCUUCCUUCCGCCGAAGAUCUCGCGAGAUUUUGGAUGCCCAAGACGAUGACGUACCGUCAUAUCGCCGGCGGUCACGUGAGCUUCUGGACAAUGACGACGAAACUUCGAGUCGCAAAUCUCGCGAGAAUACUAACGACGAGGAGCCCUCUUACCGCAGAAGAUCUCGCGAGAUUUUGGAUGCCGACGAGAAAAAGGCACCGGAAGAAUCCACUUUCCGUCGCCGCCGUUCCAGAGAGAUUCUCGACACCAAAGAAAACGAAGAGCCGGAUCCAGUUGAAGAAGAGGCACCUCGCCGCGGUAGGAAGUUCCCUGGGAGAGAGGACCGCAAGGAGGUAAAACGAGAACCCGAACCGGAGCCUGAACCUGAACCUGAACCAGAACCAGAACCUGAACCUGAACCAGAAGUGGAACCAGAACCGGAACCUGAACCAGAACCGGAACCAGAGCCAGAACCGGAACCACCUGCUAUGGAAAAGGAAGAGGAGGAUCAUGGGAAGGUAAAUGGAGUGAUGGAUCAUCCAAAAGAGAACGGAGUGAACGGGCAGCAUGAGGGAGGAGAAGAAGACGUAGAGGAGGAAGAAGAGGGCGUGGUCAGGAAGGAGAAACCACAGUGGGCGUCCAUGCAGUUGAAGAAAACCAAGAAAUCCGUAUCGGAGGAAAUGAAUGAAGAGGAGGCUUCACAGCCGAAGGCCGCCCCCUCUUGGUCCACCAACCAGCUCAAGUCUGUCAGGAAAACUAUCAUAGACACGGAGCAACCACCGUCAGACCCGGGCAAACCUGCUUGGGCUCAAGUCAAGCUGCGAGAGGUGAAGGAAAGCCGCCCGGACCCCAUCACAGAGAUUAACCAGAAACGGGAGGACAAGAGUAGCGGGUAUGAGGCUGAACGUGUGGCUGAGGAAAUCCGUAAGAGACGUGAGGAGGAGGAGGCAGAGCGCAUGCAGGAUUUCCGCAAACAGCGGGAGAAGGAGGAGCAGGAACUGCAGGAGCUAAAGGAGAGAAGGGACAAGAGGAGGAAGGAAAGGGAGGAACGCGAAGCCAAGAUGGCGGAAGAGAGAGCAAAGAAAGCAGCUAUUGAAGAAGAGGAGCGCAAGAGGCGUCAGGAAGAGGGAGAGCGUCGCCGCCAGGCUGAGGCGGAGCGGCGUAAGCAGAGACUGAACGAGAGCGAAACACCCGCGUGGAUCAACAUGAAACUAAAGACGGUGGAAGGCGGCAUCGACAAGAAGGACCCUCGGCAGAAGGAGCUCCGUGAGGCCGAGAAGCGCCGAGUGCUGGCCGAGCGCAGGAUCAAACUGGAACUGGAUGGUCUGGACGCGGAGGAACUGAGUGAGAAGGCUGCGGAGUUACACGAUCACCUGAGCGGUGUCGUCACCGCCAAGUUUGACCUGGACAGCAAGAUGCAGAGGCAGGAGUAUGACAUAAAUGAACUUAGUCAACGGCUGAGGGAGAUGAUGGGGAAAGGGAACAAACAAGCAAUAAAUGUAGAAGGAGUGGAUAGAAAGUUUGAGCAAUGGAAUAAGAUGGGGGAUUCCAAGGUUCAGAAGCUGGCGGGUAAGAAGGAGAUCGUGGUGACCGGCGUGUCGGACAGACGGAAGAUGUGGGAACACAUCAACGAUAAAAAGGAGGAGGACGAAGAGCCUCCAAAACUCAUCUCUCCUAAGAAGAGCGAGAUCAGCAGUGAUGACUUGGCCAACAGGAAGAAUUUGUUCGAGCAAGCUGCGACUACCUAGAUUUUGUUAAUCAUGAUAUUUACCUACAUUCCUUUUGCUUUGCCAAUAUUCGAUAUCAUAGUAUUGCUACGAUUAUCUUAGAGACUUUCUAGAACGAGAAAAAUAUGUUUUGAUGGUUUUAGUUAAUGAAUAUUACAAUUGUUAUUUACAAUUAACAGUGCACUACAAUAGAUAGAUACUUUAUAAUUAUGAUAAAAUAUAUAUGGAUAGAUGAUUUUGUACUGCUUUUUAGUUUUUACGUUAUGAUUCGUUUUAAGUAUCUGAUCUGAAAUCGAUGUUACUACGUAAUAUAUUUAGAUGACAUCGUUUCCGGUCAACAUCACCGAAGGGUUUGAUUGGUUGCCAUAAAAACAAAUUGUGUAACGAUCAAAAUUUUAAAUUUUGAAAUUAUGGCUGGCUGUAUAAAAUGCGGUGAUGGGGAGGGGGGGCUUCAAGCGUACUUAACCAAAAUCAUCUUUCAUCAUGGCGUAAAAAAAAAGAUGAAUUUGGUGUUUUAGAUUUUUAUAUAAUGAAUAUGUACGAAAAUUUUAGUUUUGCUACUGAAUGCCUCUUAGAAGAAUUUCAAAGUAUAAUUACAAUAUGACUGACAUGUAAUUAUGAACAAUACUCAGACCCUUAGUUUUAACCUCCUGUUAUUACUUGCUCGCAAACUGUGUACUACAAAAUAGCUCUGUGUAACUUCUUAUUUACUUAAUUGUUUGAUGAAAUAGCAUAACUUUACAAUAACUAAGUAAUUUCACGCUGAGUGAAGCAGGUUCAUAAAUUUCACCAUAAUUGUAGUCAAGUUCAUUCUUUAUCGUUAUGAGGUUUUGAAGUCAAGUUUGGACCACAGUGGUUCGGGACCAACCACUUUUUUUUUCAAAGGGGACGCGGUAUUGAGAUUUUGUGUCAUCUUUUCAAGAUGUAAUGUCUAUCAGUUACGUCUUUCCUCUUACUGUUAAGAAUUAGAACGGAUUCUUUUUGCGACAAGUGAUCUUUGAAUGUAUGAACGAACUGAGGUUGAACUUGUAUUUUAGGAGUGACACUAUAAGUUUUAUUUCUUAGUUCUGAAUUUUCUUUAUAUCCCACAUACGCGGGCUAAGCUCACGAAAGCUUACAUGUACUUAGGGAAACUAUAAUUAUGUGUAGUUAAAAGUUAUAAGUGCAAUCUUAUACAUCAUAUCCACAAUUGUAUAAUCACUAGUGAGUCAACUAUGCAGACAAUGGUGUUACGCCUUCGGCAAAUUUGUAUCAUGUACCUAAAAAUAACUAUAGUUUUGGCCAUCAAAGUGUGUAUUACUAGCUUGUUACUUGCUUGGAGGUUACAUCAUUGGGCGGGAAAUAGGAACACUGGUCACCAUAGCAACUUGAGUCAGCCGCAGACGACAGCUAGUGACUGAACUAACAACAAUGUGUCAGUACUGGUUUUGUAGCCAUGUUGUAUUUUGUAUCAUACGUUAUCUAACCAACGAUAAGUUAAUGGGUUAAGGAUGAGAACACUAGGUCAACGGGGUGUAGUUGUUAGAAAUUAUUUGGUCAGUUUAAGUACUUUUUAUAAGGGCGCUCAUGGUUCGAAGUGCGCAUGCGCAGCGAAAUGCAUCAUUGGUAUUUUUAAAAGGUGAUGCUCUAAUCAAGACCAUGCUUCCUACAUGUCCAGGCGUGUUUUAUUUACGUCUCAGGGGCUUUCACCUUUGACAUAUUGCCCACAAUACAUUUCGCUGAGCAUGCGCGCUUGGGACCGAAAAUUGGGUGAAACCAAUGCCUGUGGGAGGGGGAAGCGAAAUUACAAUGAAUUUUGUUUACUUAAGCGUUUAUACCACUGGACAUUCAAAACAUAAGACAGUUAGAAGGUUUUAUUUUCACCUGCUAUACUUUUUUAAGUUCGAUACACGUAACGGUGAAUAUGGUUACAUUUUUCAUAAUAUUACAAUAAACACCUUAAAUGUA